AUGGGAUCUUCCCUAAGUCAUUGCUCUGACAUUAAGAAUUCAUGCAUUUCAAGCAAACCAAACGAUCCUGAAAAUUAAGAGAAGCUGCAGUCUGAGCCCAUUGCGACCAUUAAAAAAUUAGAUCUCUAAAGUAAGUCCACGUAGAGUUCUCAAAUUAACUCAUAAGAAAAACCAAAAGUAAAAUUGAGGAGAUAAUACUCAGAGACUUCCACACAAUAGACUAUAUUUGAAUCGAUCCAAAAAGAUUAAUAGCUUUUUUACAGCUAAAGAGAGAUGAUUCCUCCUUGCUCUAGUCCCCUUGAGGAGGAUAUUCAAUUAAAAAAUCUAAUUUAUGACAAAUUCAAGGACAGAGAGAUACAAGAAUUCAUUGAGUUGAGAAAGGUAUAAGAAAAGACAUAAGAAAUUUAAUCAUAAGAGCUUUAAGUUAUUCAGAAUUAAAAAGAUACUGCAUUAUCAAGCAUGGAUCUUGGAAAUAUUGAAUUAGAAGAUAUUUAUAAGAAUGAUGAUGAAAAGUACAUGAAAAUAAAUAGAGACUAUGUGGUUGAUCUUUUCAAUACAUACAAUCUUGAUAAUAAGCAAAGAUUUUAAUGGGAACAGAUUUAUUCAGAUAGGCUUGUGAAGGUAUGGAUUAGUAAAAGAGGGAGUGAUAGAGAGCAGAUUAGUCCAUUCAUAAAAUCUGAGAUAUUGAUUGAUUUAAGCAAAAGGAGGGAUGAUAACUUGUUCAUUGAUGACGAGCUAUUGACUAAAGUCAGAGAUAGUCUGCAUAAUCCUAUUUAAAGAUCUAAAUGGGAUGAUAAGAUUAAUGAUUUAAGAAUUAUUGACUCCAAAGGUGACAAUUUAUUAUGCAUCUAUCAAAGAAACAAGUCUCCUGGCGGUCCUGGAAUGCCAUCAAGAUAUUUUAUUGAAAAAAAGAUGAUGUAUGAUAUAAAAGGAGAGGAGUUAACUUCUUAAUUCUUUGUGUAUACUUCUGAACUUCCAAAUAUUGAGGUAAUUUGA